AUGUGGUGGUUCAAGAAUAACUUGAUUGUUUUUACCAUUUUUUUUAAUUUACUAAAAAUAUCUAUUUCUCAAACAAAAGGUGGAAAAAUAAAUGACUUAAGAUAUCUACAAAGUAUAACUUUAAGUUUAAUAAAAUAAAAUUGUGAAAUUAUAAUACAUUAGUUUUUCCAAGCAUGUUUAUUAAAAAUUACUUCAAAAUAAAAAUCAAAGACGUGACUACAUAUGGAUUCUUUUUCUUUCUUCAAAGAAUCCAUAUCGACUAAUAUUUAACAAAAUUAAUAAACGUUAAUUAAUUAUUUUAUAGCAUUCAAGUCUUCUAUUACUUUGUUAUAUAAUUAAAUGCUUGUUAAUAAAUUUUAUACAUUGGGUACAUUAUAUCUCUUCUUUUGAAAAUUAGAUGAUGAUUAUCACGAAUGUGUGCGGUCUUGUGCUGACAAUACACUUUCAAAAAAGGUAUGCCGUUACGAGUUCUUCGUUGAAGAAUUGUCUAGACCAAUCAGCAUUCACAAUGGUUCUGAAAACAAAAAUAAAUCGAUGAAUCGUGACGAAAUAUUUUCAUCGAAUAGUUUCUUAGGAAUUAAUGGAAAAAGUCCGGGUCCACAGAUAGAGGUAAUAUUAUAA